CUCUGACAAACGUUGGCUGAAUCUUUGUCUCUUCGAUCAUUGCAAUGAAAGCAUACCUAAGUACGCUCGUCAGAGCUUGACUAAAGAGCAAUAUAUUUCUUUAAAUCUGCGUCCAAUACCAGCAUCUACAAAAGUCUUCCAGGAUAAUUAUUUGUCGCCUAGGGCUCGCAUUGUUUCGAGUGUAUGGCGCUACGAUCUGCUUGGACUUGGCCUAUUCAACAGGUGAAGGAUGGGGCUAAGGCGCCCGCAUUUGUUGCGAUUGCGAGCAGUGAGUCGGCAGAUACUCAAGAAUCCUUAAAAGAAGAAAAAGAUGAUCAGAACGAUCGGACGCCUUCGACUCGUCUCAGCAAGCUUGCAACCGCUCUUCGACUAGGAUCCGUGUAUCUACUUCUUCAAGAAAUUGGAGGAGCUCAACAUAUCGAAGAAAAGAAGAUCGCUAUAAUCGCUAGCCUACGCUCUGCCUCUCUUGUUUCAAUCCUACAUAUCGUUCCGACUUCUGCUUCAAUCAUACUCAUAAUUUUCAACUUGAAGGGUUAUUAUAUAGGAAGCGAACUUCAAGGGCCAAUAGGAGAGGAUGGACUCAGGUUUUUGGGUUUGCAAUUUGCUGCAAAAAUGCUUGAGCUGCUGGCUAUGGCCUCACUCUCCGUUAUCCUGUUUGCCAUACUACGUGCCCAGCUAAUCUGGUAUUCCUUACCUUUCGGAACUCUAACAGCUGGGUUUGAUUUUACCAACUUAUCUUUGCUCUGGUCGAAAGAGUUUUUUGCUACCUGCAGAUCUACACACUUUUCAUCUCCCAAAAUCAAAGCAUUUCUGAUUGGAACCAUUGUUACUUUUACCAUGCUUGGUGCUACCAUUGGGCCAUCAGCAGCUACGGCAUCCAGACCUGUUCUCCAAGCUUGGCCGGCCGGAGGUACGGAGUUCUGGCUCAACGCAACAUCUCAAGAUCUCUGGCCGCUGGCCCUGAAUAAUAUGGAAUUGUCAGGUUUGCCAUGUGACUCAUCGACAAGUCAUUCGUGCUUCUCGCUCAAUUACAAUGUCCUCGCUGAUGGCCAACUAUCUUUGUGGCCGACUACCUCAUUCGGCUCGGCUGACAAUAACAGCCUCCCAAAUGUGAUCCCAGAAAAAGCGCUCAUUGCCGGACGACAUUCGAUGCGAACCAUGGCGACGAGGUUCAGAGGACCGUUCAUAUAUCACCCUGAGUUGACCAUCGCGACAGUACCAUCAGCUGCAAUUUCCGACGCUCUCUCUCAGAUCUCAAGAUACUGGUUCAUGGCAAAUCAACACCAGUGUCUCGCGGGAAAUGCUGGAUACUGUUUUUACCAAGAUAUUGUUCACACUAUUGUUACUACACAGCCUAUCAUCUACGUUCAAUGCGCCGCGAGCAGUAUAAAUGCUACAGUGCAGUUUCCGCGGCUGGAUCAAGGCAGUGGAAACUAUCCUCUGAUCAGCUUUACGAACACCACAAUUGGGUCUCAACCAUGGUUUGAUCUAGCUACUGGCAAUGGUACAAAUCCAAGUUUAUCUUGGCUAAAUCUACCAGAGGAAGAUUUUGGGCGAACCUCUAUCGGUGCAGUGGUUGCGCUCCCUGGAACAUAUUCCCCAGAAAUACCAGGUCAAGUUUUAGCUUGCACAGUUGAUGCACGAUGGGCAAAUGCCACUACCACGAUAUCAUUCUUAGGCGGUCCUAUGAUAACUUCUGGAGAACCGGAUAACUGGUUCCAGGGUGGACAAUCUGCGCUCAAUUCUAGUGGCCUCCCAUUAUGGCCCCAAGUCAAAAUCGCUCCUGCGUGGGCAGAUGCAAUCAACCCAGUCAUUGCACAACCUUCGACGUCAGUCUUUGCUAUGCUUUGCAAUAGUGUCGGUCGCCUGAACAGCAUCCCCAUAGCGGAACUUUCUCUGAACGCAGUCGAGGCCGUCCUUGCUGUUAUGGUCACGGAUGGACUAUCUCGGACCAGCAGCGACGCCACAAUACUGGGAUCUCUGAAAGGUAUUCACGAUUCAUAUCCCAAUGAAGAGUGGAUGGCAGAGUUUCUGCCCAAAAGAUCAGUUUUCGGGAAGGGUGGUUCGGCCUUUGAUUACGUUUACCAACUUGGCGACCACUCCACCAAGUUCGAAGCCACAUCUACGGUGCUAGGCUACGGCUACGGGAUCACCACUGCGACAGUCUUGUCAACUAUCGUUCUGUUGAUUUACAGCUUGAUUGCGGUGAUCUACGUUAUAUACUCAAUUAUCUUUACAAAGACGACAUCGAGUUCUUGGGAGUCGAUCAUGGAAAUGGUAGCAUUGGCUGCAAAUUCCCAACCAUCUAAUGCUCUCCAUAAUAGUGGUGCGGGGAUUGGCAGUUUGACAACAUUGAAGCAGGAAGUAGCAAUUCGUGUGAUUGAUGAUAGAUUGCAGAUGGCAUUUAAGGAUAUAACGAGCGAGAACCGGGUGGAGUCGAAUGUGAAGUACGGGUGAUGUGAAUGUCUUACUGGAGAAUCUUAUAAGACUAUUGAAGUUGAAACACAUUAUUAGACAUCAAUAGAAAAUAAUUGCGCAAGA